ACAGUUUGACAGUCCUUUACAUUUGACGUGACAAUUUGGCGUGGCUCGUUUUUCCCUUUUCUUUGCCAAUUUUUUACAUUUUAACGCAAAUUUAGUGAAAACAAUUCAACAAUAAUGUCAAAAAAGAAGAGCGAAGACACCACGAAUGACCAGGAUUAUGAAGAGGAGCCAAAUUUUGAGGAUCCAGAGGGUUUCGUCGACGAUAUUAGUGAUGAAGAAUUGUUGGCCGACAAAUUGGCUCAACGUCCCUCCGAAGCUGAUGGCGUCGAAAAUGUUGUAGUUGUGGAUAAUAUUCCCAAAGUUGAACCCCAUAGAUUGGAAAAGUUGCAAAACGUCAUAAACAAGACUUUUUCCAAUUAUGGCGAGAUUGUAAAUUCGGUAUACCCCGUUGAUGAGAAUGGCAAUACGAAAGGCUAUGCCUUUAUGGAGUUUAAAAACCAAAAACAAGCUGAAGAUGCUGUUCUGAAUUUGAAUAAUUAUCGUUUGGAUAAGUCGCACACGUUCUUGGUUAAUCUUUUUACCGACUUCCAGAAGUAUGAAAACAUCCCUGAGAAGUGGGAACCCCCAACCCCUCAACCCUUUAAAAUGCAAAAUGAUUUGUAUAGUUUCUUGCUGGAUCCUGAUGCAUAUGAUCAAUAUUGCGUUGCUGCUGAGACAUCACCAAACAGCGUACAGGUUGGAUUCUGGCAAAAUACAUUACCUGAACCCACCGAUUUGGAAACCCGCGAAAGCUUUACCGACACCUUCGUUAAAUGGUCGCCAUUGGGUACGUAUUGUGUGACAUUCCACAAGCCCGGUGUCGCCAUUUGGGGUGGAAGUAAGUUCCAGCGUAUUCAGCGUUUCCCACAUCCCGGUACACAAUUCGUUGAAUUCUCUCCCUGCGAAAACUAUUUGGUAACAUAUGGCCCAACACCAACCGGACAAAAGGUUGUUAUCUGGGACAUUCGUUCCGGUGCCGAGAAGCGUUCAUUCAUUGCUGAAGAUGUGUCGAUGUUCUCCAUGUUCCGUUGGUCACAUGACGAUAAGUAUGUGGCACGUUUGGGCGACAGCUCCAUUCACAUCUACGAGACUCCUUCCUUCUACCUGCUUGACUUGAAAUCCAUUAAGGUUCCCGGCAUCCGUGGUUUCUCAUGGUCACCCACAGAUAACAUUAUCGCCUACUGGGUUGAGGAACAAAAUCAAAUCCCCGCCCGCGUCACCCUCUUGGAAAUCCCCAAGAAACGUGAGAUACGUAACAAGAAUCUUUUCCACGUAGCCGAUUGUAAAUUGCAUUGGCAAAAAUCUGGCGACUACUUGUGUGUUAAGGUAGAUCGUUACUCCAAACUGAAGAAGGACAAAAAGGAUUCAGACGUUAAAUUCUUGGGUAUGUUCUACAACUUUGAAAUAUUCCAUAUGCGCGAAAAGGAGAUCCCCGUCGAUUCAGUUGAGAUUCGUGAAUUAAUUUCGGCAUUUGCAUGGGAACCGGUUGGCAAUAAGUUUGCCAUUAUUCAUGGCGAAAGUGCUAAUUCCAACGUAAGCUUCUACGAGGUGAAUAAUGGUGUCAAGCCAACAUUAGUCAAGAAAUUGGAAAAGAAAACAUGCACUCAUCUUUUCUGGUCUCCACGUGGUCAAUUUAUUGUUAUGGCUAAUUUGACAAAUGGCACAUUUGAAUUUGUCGAUACGAACAACAAUUUCGUUAUUACUGCAUCGCCUGAUCAUUUCCGUGCCUCGGAAGUGGAAUGGGAUCCCACGGGUCGUUAUGUUGUCACUGGUGUUUCAUCAUGGAAGGUUAAGGAAGAUACUGGCUUCAAUAUGUACACCUUCCAGGGUCGUAUUAUUCGCCGCAGUCUACUCAAGAACUUUGUACAAUUCUUAUGGCGUCCACGUCCAGCCACACUCCUUAGCGAAGAAGAAAUUAAGGACAUCAGAAAGAAUUUGAAGAAGUACUACUACAUAUUCGAACAGAAGGAUCGUAUGCGUAUGACACGUGCUUCCAAGGAGUUGUUGGAAAAACGUGCCCAAUUGUGCGAUCAAUUUACCGAAUAUCGCAACAAACGUAUUGCCGAAUGGAAGGAGCAAAAACCAAGACGCUUACAGCUCAGAAAUCAUUUCGAUACAGACAGUUUGGAUACUGAAGAAGUUGAUGAAGAAAUUAUUGAAUUUUUGGUCAAAGAAGAAAUCACUGUACUCGAGUAGUUCAUCUAAUUAUAUAAGUACAUUAUUUUUAUUCAACUUUUUUUU